AUGUCUCAAGUACUGGGGCAGACCAUCUCCAUUGGGACAGACUUCAUCACUUCUACAGCGUCUGCGAGCUCUGCACAGUUGACGGGUGUAUCGUGCGCCAUUCAUAUUUAUCCCAAUGGCGACUUUGGCCUUGACAUGAGCGAUGGCUUGAGAGACCAGAUCCAAGCAAUCAAGUCAAGUUCCACAAAUGGCACUAGCGUUGAGACGAAGAUCCAGAAUGCCAUCAUCGCUGCUAACUACAACAUACAAAAGAAACAACUUGGCAGUGCCGCACUUGCGGAAGGGGCUUUCAUUCUCGGAACUAUCUCCUACUUGUUCAAUUCUCACCCAGCGGUUCCGAUCCACGUACAGAUCCUCUCCGAAGAUGUCGCACAGAUGUCUUCAGCUCAGGCUGCGUUCGCGAAUCCGACCGUGAUGUACAUCGAGACCGCGAGUGCGGGCCCGGUAGCGACUGUGCUAUUGGCUGAUUCGUCACCGACGGUGGCACCUUCCGUCGCAGUAUCCAGUGCGGCAUCCUGUCCCUCACAGAUAGUAAGCGGUGACUUGGUAAGGAAACGAGAUUUUGUGUCACUGAUGCUUGUUGCUCCCGGUUCGAACGAUGGGUGCGCCAACCAGCACUGCUACUGCCCGUCCGGAGGCGGAGUCGUUGUCCCUCCUUUGACAAGUGUUAUCUCCGGCACUACAAGUACCGACUGCUCCUACACCACCCAGCCCUCAAUCGACAGUUGUCCGCCAGCACCAUUGACCAGCCCGACGUCGUCAACCACCCUCACAACUAGCACUACAGCAGCUGCCUCACCUACUGUUGGACCGAUAACCUGCAACACAUACGAGACCAGCUACAGCCACUGCUGGACCGACAUCGACGCCAAAACAGUCAACACAACGGCCGAUGCGAUGAUUGGAACCCAACUUCCGAACGGACCAAUGACGUCGGGGACUCCGAAUAGCACUGAGGUCGUGACGGUGAAAGGGUUGAAUUACUUUAUGAAUAUUGGCUGGAUUCCCGGAUGUGUUGCGGUGGACUCACAAAAUCCAGCCAAUCCUAUUGCGAGUGAUCAGUCCAUUGCAACAAGGGACAUCCUAUGGCAAACUUAUAAUGACUGUAAGCCAUCUAUUGUCGCUUGA